GGACUUCAAGGCUCCAGGCAGGUGCCAAGGUUCCGAGCAGGUUCCUGUCUGGAAUUUCCAGGUUAACCCGCCUCCCGCCCGCCCUGGUCGGCCCUAGCACUUACCGGGCAGACUUGGAAAAGUCUCUGAGAAGUGCGGAGGCGGAGGUGGUGGGGGCUCUGCCACUUUCUCCCGGGCCGGCAGCAGCUCAUCAGCUUCCAGCCCACCCUCUGGGCGUCGGCCGCUUGGCUCGGGGUUGUUUCGGGCGGCAGUGGCGGCGGCGGCAGCGGCGGCGGCGAGCUCCUGGGGCCCGUAGAAAGCGUCGGGCGGCUCCGCGAAGCUGGGCAGCGCGGUGGUCAGCGCCACCAUCGAGGGCACAGCCUGACCCAGCCCCGCGCAGAAGGUGUUGACUAGACUGAAGAUUCACUGAGGGCAGGAGCGUGUCUCGUUCCCAGCAGGGCAUGAAGCACCUGAAACCUGGGGACCCGGAAGCACACAGUGAACAAAGUGGAUGCGAUCAAAUAGAAUUUCCAUCAAAAUCCAACAACAGGACUCUCUCGGGCAAGUCAUCCGCGGGAGUCGGGAUUCCCUGGGAGCAGAGCUCCAAACUCUUUCCCGCACCAGCGAGCCCGCACUUGCAUGAUACCCAGACCUGCGCUCGACCUGGCCCCAGAUCCCCUUGCCAGGGGCCACAGCCUCUGAGAUGCUUCCUAGGCGGCUCCAGUGCCAUCUCCCCAACAACGGCCUUCUGCUUCCCGUUACUUCCUCGUCUUCCCCAUCUUAGCAUCUGGCACCACCGUCCAGGGGUCCAAGCCAAAAACCUGCGAGUCGCCCUAGACAGCGCUAUUCUGCAGCCUCCUACAUCCCCCCCAGCGGCGGCCCCCCGGUUCUUCCCAGGGAUCCCGAAUCUCGCCCACCGCGACCGCCUCUGGCCUGGACCACCGCCGCAGGUGCCCCUCGACCCACGCCCGCAGCCAGGGCGGUCCGUCCUGCCACUCCUACUGAUCUGCUCUACUCAGAUGCAGAAACGUGAGCCCAGAGAGGAAAGAGACUUACGUUCCACAAGUUAAUGGCAGAGUUAAGACCAGAACCUGUGUCAUGGAACUUUCAACUCAGCGCUCUUGCGGCCAGAGCUAAAUUUAAGGAAGGAGCAGAUAAAAGAGGCAGGAACCAGGCAUGCUUCUGGUGCUCCCUGACUUACCGUGUCAGGCAAUAGGCAGAACUGGUUCUGUUUUUCUAAACCUGGGCCUUUCGCUGUCACCUGAGCCAUGGUUACCCUCUGCGAUGGGCCAUCCCACAUACCCCUCCUUCCGGUGGCUCUCCUGCCUCCUCACCUUCCCACCCCAAGGGUUCCCGUGCCUUCCUGCUCAACUCUCUGCACUGCCUCCAUGUGCACCCUGCUCCUCCUUUAGGCCUUUUCUAACGCGUUCUCACCUGGUAGUCAUUGUGUCAUUUCAUGGAGCUGGCAAGCUUGGGACCCCUUAGCAGCCGGCUGAUGCCAAAGGGGAACGU